ACACAGAACCUCACCUAUUUGGUUUGUGGAUUUUAGGCUUGCUGUACAAAAACUUCCGUCUUUCAUUUCAUACGAUAAUCGGCGUACUAACGAGCGGUUUUAUCUUCAAAUUUCACAAAACUGUACAGUAAUAAAGAUUACAGGUGACGUCUCGGCUCGAACUGAGCAUGCUCUGUAGUGAAUGAAGCCCCGCCCCAUCUCUUAUUGCCACGACAACGAUGACAAUGGAAGAGAUCAAGAAUGAAGCGGAGACGGCCCCGAUGGUUUCCAUGACUCUCUACACCGUCAUGUACCCGGUCUUCAAUGAGUUGGAGAAAGUGAAUUUAUCUGCGGCACAAACGCUGAGAGCUGCUUUCAUCAAGGCGGAGAAGGAGAACCCAGGUCUGACUCAGGACAUCAUCCUGAAGAUUUUAGAGAAGAAGAACGUGGAGAUCAACUUCUCCGAGUCUUUGUUACGCAUGGCUGCAGACGACGUGAAAGAGUACAUGAUUGACAGGCCGGAGCGGGAGUUUCAGGAGCUGAACGAACGAGCUCGAGCGCUCAAACAAAUCCUCAGCAAAAUCCCCGACGAGAUCAACAACAGAGUGAGCUUCCUGCAGACUAUCAAAGACAUCGCCAGUUCUAUUAAAGAGCUUCUGGAUACCGUCAACACCGUCUUCAAAAAAUACCAGUACCAGAACAGGAGGGCGCUGGAGCAUCAGAAGAAAGAGUUUGUGAAAUAUUCCAAAAGUUUCAGCGACACUCUAAAAACUUACUUCAAAGAUGGAAAGGCAAACAACGUGUUCGUCAGUGCCAACCGCCUGAUCCACCAAACCAACCUGAUCCUCCAAACCUUCAAAACGGUUUCAUAGGACUCGGCUCAUUUUAAUCUGCUCUCAUUUUUAAAUCUAGGAUCAGAUCUUUAUAUAAACGUGUAGGAAUGUUGGGGAGGUUUAUUAAUUUAUGAAGCUUUUGGGACGAUCACUGGGAUUCUCUUUUACUUUUCUCCUCCAGCUUCUUUUCAUUUCCUGUAAUGACCAGGUUCAGAUCCUGGACUUUUUCAUGUCAUUUUUAAUUCUCCCUUUUUAUCAUCUGCUUUUGAUUCAGAGCUUCAGCUGAAUUUCCCCUGAUGGUGGUGGGAAAGAAGAGCAGGAUUUUCUUUCUGUACAUACUGGACUUUCACAGAUGCUCUGAGCUCUGACGAUGGGAGAUUGUAUAUUAAAUUAAUAUUUGGUAGCAGAAAUAUUCAAAUAAAUAUAAUAAAACUCCUG